CGGAAAAUGUGAGAUUUCCUCACUCGGUUUGGAGUAUUUGACAAAACAAUUCCAAUUAUAUGUCAGUUCCCACCGCAGAUAUGUUCGAUCCCUCUUCAUUCUUUGUUCAAUGAGUGGAAAUCUACAAUUUUUGGAAGAUGAUAUGAAAACUUAUUUAAUCAAUCAUAUUUUGAACUUUUAUUGCAUUGAUUUCUCACUUGGAGCUGCUUGUCUGCCGUCUAACAAGCUUCCUGAUUGCUUUGGACGUAUUGACUCAUUAUACCACGAAUAUGCCACAAUUCACUUCAAUUUUAACAAAAAAUAUAGUCCAGAACUGAAACUGGUGGCACUGAUUUUGGAAAACGGGGUGGAGUUGUGUCAGAAUGACUUGAACGUCUGCUCUCAGUCUGACAUGUUCGACUCUUUACUGAAUCUAUGGGGAAAUGAGUUUCUUAGUCUGUUUGGGCUGCUGUUGUUUGAGAGCGGAUGUCUGAGUGCUGUCGUUGAAUAUUCGAAUACUCUAUCCACGUCUCAGAGACAGAUUCCUCCCACACUUUUAUUUAUCACCUGUCUUGCCAAUCUGUAUUUUAUUUUCAUUACAACAAAUUUAGAGUGCUAA